AUGAUAAUGAGCGAUACAACUGCAGCUACCGCAACAGAUUUGCCAACGACUUUAGCAGACGUUGGAGGUGCCAGCGCUGGUACUGGCACGGAGGACGCGACAACGACAAAAAUUUCUAAUAACGGCGCUUCACCGUUGACGUCGACAUUCCAACCAUCGCAGACUGUUACGCAAAAAGUGUUGUUGUCAUUGAGAGAGGCAGCGAGAAUCAUUGGACCUGGUGGUAACACUAUCAACAAUAUUCGGACUACGAAUGGAGUGAAGAUUGGUAUUUCACCUAAGGAGAAGUCAUGUUCAGACCGUAUACUAGAGGUUUCGGGUGGUAUUACCGCUGUUGCUAAUUCUUUGGCUGGUUUGGUGAAGGUAUUGACUGCUGAUGACUCUACAGAAGAAGAGUCGGGUGAACAAGAGCACGAGCAGCACGUAUUUAAGCACCUUAACUUCAUACUCCCUCCUCCUUCCCUGGACGAGAUCGAAGAUCCCGAGAAGUUAAAGCAGAUUGGUAACUUGCGGUUGAUUGUAACUAACAGUCAGGUCUCCUCUAUUAUUGGUACGCAGGGCGCUAAAAUUAAGAAGCUAAUUGAAGUCCAUUCAGUAAAGCUGGUGGUAUCUAAAACCUUCCUUCCUGAUUCCCAAGAUAGGAUCUUGGAGAUUCAGGGGUUCCCUACUUCGAUAGCGAACUGUAUCAAAGACAUCAACCAAACCUUGAUCAACGAUGAGGUUUUGCAGACAAGAGAGAAGAGGUACUACCCUCAUUCGAAGCAUUCGAAAGAUAUCCACGUUACUGCAACCGUUGGUAUCCCAACUGAGUACGUAGGAGCGCUAUUGGGUCAUGGCGGUAACCGUAUCGCAAACUUGAGAAAGUACACAAGAACAAAAAUUACUGUGGCGCAGGAACCAAAUCAAAACAACGAAAGAGAAUUUACAAUUACUGGUAGUGAUCAAAAAUCUGUAAAAUUGGCUCAAACGAUGAUAUUUAAAAAUUUGGAGACUGAGAAGGAGAGACGCCUGGAAAAACAAUGA